UUCAGUGCUCCCCAGUGAGAUCCUGUCUCUAGAGCCAGCAGGAGCUUCCAAAUGGUGCAAAUAAACAUGCGAGUUUUCAAGAUUAUUUCACUCCUCCUCUCGAUCCUGACCCUCACCAGGAGUUCCCCGGUGUCAUCCCUCCGCCUGGAGCACCGGGAAGCCCCAGACGAUGACGUGGACACCCCGACAACACCUCGACCUGUCAUCAGCCCAGAGGACAGCUACGACCAACGCCAAAACGGCACCGAGAACUACCGGAUUCACGUGGACGGUUUAGUAGUCGUCGUGGCACCUGUCGAGGCUCUUCUCCUCGCCGGUGGCAUCCCAGACAAUUUCUCGAGCAUUCUGGUCCCUCCAGCCCCUGAGAAGCCCCUGGAGAAGCCCCUGGAGAAGCCCCAGGACGACCUCGAGCCCCUGAAACCCAUCGAGAAGCCCAACGAUGGAGAAAAACCACUGGAAGUCAAGAAAAUAUCCCACAGGGGAAAUCUCAAGCUCAUCAGCUUCCUCGCACCUCUUCUCAGACAUCUUGGACGACAGUAAAAACUUUGAACCAUCGAAGUCGCAUUUUUUUAUUGAAAAAAUAUUGAAGACAGUUU